UUGAAGUAGGACGGUUAUUAUUACGUUAGGUUUUUUUACUGUGAAAGAUGGACUCUAGUGCUACGUUCGUUUCCUUGUUCGUUCUUCUGUUGACAGCAAAAUCUGCAGUCACCGAGAUGUCAAGUGAAAACGGCCUUUUCUUUGAUGCUUUUAUUGGGCGUAAAAUGUCUUUGCCCAUCAACUCCACCGACAUACAUCAAAGGACGACUAACGUUUCUGACAAAUUAGAGUGCAUCUUCACUUGUUUGGGAUUUCUUUGGUGCCUUUCAGUAAAUUUCAAUACAACUGCCCAAAGAGAUGGCCUCUAUGGAUGUGGGCUACUAUCUGUUGAUAGAUUCUCACACUCAGGGAGCUUAAUAGAAGAAAAAUCGUUCACUCAUCUCAGUAUCAAGAACCCUUGUGCAGAGAUGCCUUGUCUUAAUGGCGGUACUUGUGUCAUUCAAUACAACCGAGAAGACUAUGCAUGCGCCUGCAGACCAGAAAACAGCGGAGAUCACUGUGAAAAUGUGUUAUAUUUAAAUAUUUCCAUUCGAUCAGUAGCAGCCGAAGAUAACAUUCCUAUCACUUCGUGCACACGUUCCAUGAUUCAAGUGAACAACGUUGAAAACUGUUUAAAUGGUAGAGGUCAUAAUAUCGUUGUCUACAACAAGUUUGGUGUCUUUCAGACUAAUACAUCCUUCGACACGCAUGAUAGCAGCUCAUCUGGCCAACAGAUGAAGAAGUUCUUGGAAGAACUCCCAAACGAAAGCAUCGUUCUGAUUGCAGUCUGGGAUAGCGGUAGUACUUACUUUGGGGACGCAGUCAACGCCUUGAAGUCCAUCGGUGCAACCAAUCCCAAUGCUGUAUCUCAGUAUAGGAGCUCAUGGUUGUUAGUUGGGUACAAGGGAGGCUCGCCGUCUUGGAUAACUGAGAAAAGAGCGGAACGAUACAAUGGACCCUGCUUUGCAAAUGUUAAGAUCCCGAUACCAGUCGACCUUUCGUAAAUUUUGAUCUUCUACUAUAAUCAUGCACCAAGCACUUGAGACAGAACGAUCCGAUGGACCCUGCUUUGCAAAUGUCAAGAUCCCGAUACCAGUCGACCUUUCGUAAAUUUUGCUCUUCUACUAUAAUCAUGCACCAAGCACUUGUGACAGAACGAUCCAAUGGACCCUGCUUUACAAAUGUCAAGAUCCCGAUACCUACUAGCCCUUUCUCAUAAGAUGCAUACCACUUUUUUUGAGCAUUUAUCAAACUGAUAUUGUCGUUUGCGCGGUAUCCCUGUGUUUUUAAACGUUUUGGGCUUCUGGGCUCCCUUUAUCUAAUGCCAGGUUCCUAAGCUAAUAUAAACUCAAGAUGGCGGACGUAAAAAGUGUUUCAUCGUAUCUGCAAGUAUUUAUUCAUAUUUUCGACAAUUCAAAGCCUUUAAAUGGAGAAAAAAAUCACAAAAAUAGAAUCUAUAUUCACCUCCAAAUAAGAGUUUAUCACAUAUACUACGUAUACCAUAGACAUCUAGUACUGAACCAUGAGAAGCGCUGUAAACGUGGAACGUUGGUGGAGCGAAAUGUUGAACUGACUAGGCUACUGGCACGUGUUGGUAGAACAAGUAUGCAAGCUUGAACUUUUUGUCCGACAGACUUCUUCAUUUAAUAACAGUUCCGUCACUAAAGGAAGUUUUGGGUGGAUUUGGUCAUGCAACCUUCAUCAAUACACCCAAGAAAACAAGCGAGUAAGACGACGAUAGCCCAAAUACUGAUAUCAGACAAUACGGGGUACUUGUGGAGCAACUACUACGCCAUUCUCUUAAUGCUGAUCCAGAUCAUCAGAUAGUACAGCAUCGUGAUGCCUAACAGUGUGACAAUGAAGGACGCAGUAACCAAGACGAUGAGCAGGGCAAGAAGCAUGUUUUCAUCUCCUUCAUCUGAAAAUGAGGAAGCAUGCUGUUGCAUUGGGACUCGGAGGAUUGAACGAUACAAUUUUAUUAUACAAGGGGAUGUAAUCCACUCCUGCCUUUGCUGUAUUGUCCGAUGUGCUUAAUCUGUGAAAAGAAGAACGAAUAAAAAUUAAAUUAAACUACAGAAAUGAAAUGAAAAAUGAAGAAGAGUAACAAGAUAAAGAAAGAAAGAGGAACUGGGAUGAUGAGGAAUCAAGGUCGGCGUAGUGUUUUUGAGCACUCGAAGAAGAAUAAAAAAGUACAGAAAUAUCACUUGGAAAUAAAUAAAAAACAAAUGAAAAUAAAAGAAAAUUCAAGAUAAAACAAGAUAAAAAAGACGAGGAAUUGGGAUGAGGAGGUAUCAAGUUUGGCGUAGCCUUUGUGUGCACGAGUUUAUCAUUUCAAGCAUCCAAGUUCAAUUUAUGCACUUGCCGCCACGGCUAUUACAUGACCAUUGCAUGUACAGUAAGUAAUGUACGUACUACGGAACAAUACUAGUUGAUUAAAAUGGCACGGCUUUUGGUUGAAUAGCUAAACAGUAUUAUAACGCACAACCGAGAAUAAGGACGGCCGAGCCAAGAGAAUUCGAAACUGGAGCUGAAACUGUAUUUAGCCUUGCAUUGGAUCAGCUCGAUAUAUUGGAAGCUAAAACCAUUCAUAAGGAGUUUGAGGGAGCCAGUAUCUCGAAGGAGUGGAAAACAUGAUGGCAAACCGAGUUCUUACUCUUAUUAGGACGGUCUAAAAAUUCAUCUGACUACUUUUUCCACGUCUAUGAAAAUAUGGCUUUACAAAUUCGACGAAAACUGAAAUACAAGGAUUGCAAAAUUCAUUGCAAAAACACAUCGAUCUCAAGUCCAAUAAGGGUGUAGUCCGCAAGCGGUCGCCUGAACUCAAGCGAGUGUAGCCCUUGCACUCUGGGAAUAAGAAGGUUGCCCUCAAUAGUGCCGUACUCUAUUGAAUAGUCCAUCACCCAUUGGACCAAAUCUGGAUGACCUUGUGUAGCGAUACGUGAUACUGUAGUUGGCUGGAGCAAAUCAACUUGUAUCCAACUAGUAUUUACGGCGAUCUCCAACGGAGCCCACGCUCCAUUAAGAUUAACGCCUUCUCCUCUGUUACCAAGUCUGGCGUAGAAGGGUUCAUAACCACUUGAACGGCUUGUAGAAGCAGUUAUGGACUCAUUUGGAAGGGCUCUACUUUGCAUUCCAAGUGCCUGAUCGCAAAAUUCUAGUUCACACAGUCAAACAAAAAAAGAAAGACUCAUUAAGGCCGAUUUAGACGGUACGAUUUUCGCCUACAACUAUCGUAUACAACACGCUCGCGUCUGUCGAAGGCGAGUUGUAGGCUUGAUUUACACGCUACGACUCGAGUUGUAGGAUGGCGCGAGCGUGUUGUAUACGAUAGUUGCAGGCAAAAAUCGUACCGUCUAAACCGKCCUUUAGAAUAACUAAACUAUUUUCAAGCUCCUACAGUGGAAGUGGUGACUCUUCUGAGAUCAGGAUAGGAAUAAGUUUGAAAAUAUUAGUGUGAAUGGCCGCUGGUAAGACACGAGUAAUAAAAAUUAAUUAAUUAA